GACGGAGAUAUCACCUGGUGAAAUAUCGGCCUGCAAUUAGUGGUGAUGCUUUGGUUCCCUCGAACAAAAAAGGACAAACUCGGAAAAAGAAUGGAAGGGGGAUACAGGCAAAGAGUGCCAAGAUGGUUGAGAAGCCAAAUUUCUGCAGCUCAUCGCUGAUUGGACUCAGCGGGGCGGUGGGAUGGGAGUGGGGCAUACACUCCCCGGUUCUCGGUCCCUGGUAUUGCACCAAACCGUCACACGUAUUUUGCAAACCAAUCUGCUUGAUUGGGGAUUGCAGAUGCCGGCCGGCCACAUGGAGAUACUACAUCCCUUCGAUCAAUCCACCAUCAGUCGGACGACUAUUAGUCAGACUCUCUGCCUCUCAUCAGCCUUAUCACACCAGACCAGACCAGACCAGACCCGACCAGACCCGGUCCGAGGUGGCGAGCUUCGCGUCCUCAUCGGCAGCGUAUGGUAUGAGUACUUCGGACUGUAGUCUAAGCUCAGGUUCAGGCUCAGGUUCAGGUCCAACCUCGGCAAUUGUAACUGUAAAGAUCAGCCCUUGUGAAUCACUGAAUGCACGCCAUCCACAAGAAGAUGAAGCCGGUGGCCAUGCAAGCUCGAACAAGUGCACGGAGCGAUCCGAGGCAAAUCAUCGGCAGAAAGAGGAAGGAGUUGCAAAUACCGUGGAUGGGGCCAUGGUAAUGCCAAGCGGGGACUUGUCAGACAUCUGACCAAUAAUGGCUGUCCCACCCGAUGCAAAAAAGUCUGACGGGAGAUCCGCCAUACGGGAAUGUUACAAGGGCC